AUACAACUGAAAGGCAAAAAAAGGGAACUGCCCAGUCUGCAGCCUUCGGAGCCGGAGGCGGAGCGGUGAGCCAGGCCGCCGAGAGACGUGCACACCCCCAACCAGAGAGCCCGACCGGGCGUCCAUGGGGCUCCGCCUGGGCCCGACCCCCACCACGACCCGAACCACGACCCCGGGCUACGGCUUGCGCCAGUGACCGCUGAUCGGCCACUUGGGCUCUGCGAAGGCUCCGUGCGGCCCCAGGAGGCCUUGUCGAGGACCAUGGCUGAACAACUUCUUCCUCAGGCUUUGUAUUUGAGCAAUAUGAGAAAAGCGGUGAAGAUACGAGAGAGAACCCCAGAAGACAUUUUCAAGCCUAGCAACGGGAUCAUCCACCAUUUUAAAACCAUGCACCGGUACACACUGGAGAUGUUCAGAACAUGUCAGUUUUGCCCACAGUUCCGAGAGAUCAUCCACAAAGCACUUAUUGACAGAAGCGUCCAGGCUUCUCUGGAAAGCCAGAAGAAGCUCAACUGGUGUCGUGAAGUCAGGAAGCUCGUGGCUCUGAAAACCAACGGUGAUGGAAACUGCCUCAUGCAUGCAGCCUGUCAGUAUAUGUGGGGUGUCCAGGAUACUGACUUGGUCCUGAGGAAGGCCCUCUGCAGCACCCUUAAGGAGACAGACACUCGGAAUUUUAAGUUCCGCUGGCAGCUGGAAUCGCUGAAAUCUCAGGAGUUUGUGGAGACGGGACUUUGCUACGACACUCGGAACUGGAAUGACGAAUGGGACAACUUGGUCAAAAUGGCCUCAGCAGACACACCAGCAGCCCGGAGUGGACUUCAGUACAAUUCCCUGGAAGAAAUCCACAUAUUUGUCCUCAGCAACAUCCUCAGAAGACCCAUCAUUGUCAUCUCAGACAAAAUGCUAAGAAGUUUGGAAUCAGGUUCCAAUUUUGCUCCUUUGAAAGUGGGUGGGAUCUACCUGCCUCUCCACUGGCCUGCGCAGGAAUGUUACAGAUAUCCCAUUGUCCUUGGCUACGACAGUCAGCACUUUGUACCCCUGGUGACCCUGAAGGACAGUGGCCCUGAAAUUCGAGCUGUUCCACUUGUUAACAGAGAGCGGGGUAGGUUUGAAGACUUGAAGGUUCACUUUUUGACAGACCCUGAACAUGAGAUGAAGGAAAAGCUUCUCAAGGAGUACUUGAUGGUGCUGGAGAUCCCGGUGCAAGGCUGGGACCACGGCACGACUCACCUGAUCAAUGCUGCCAAGUUAGAUGAAGCUAACCUACCCAAAGAAAUAAAUCUGGUAGACGACUACUUCGAGCUUGUUCAGCACGAAUACAAGAAGUGGCAGGAAAACAGCGAUCAGGGCAGGAGAGGGGCGCAUGCGCAGAACCCUUUGGAGGCUUCCACACCCCAGCUAUCACUCAUGGAUAUAAAAUGUGAGACGCCCAACUGUCCUUUCUUCAUGUCCGUCAACACUCAGCCUUUAUGCCACGAGUGCUCGGAGAGGCGUCAAAAGAACCAGAGCAAACUCCCAAAGCUGAACUCGAAGCUGGGCCCUGAGGGAGGACUCCCAGCGGUGGGACUUGGCUCCUCGAACUGGAACCCCGAGGAAACAGCUGGAGGCCCCCAUUCGGCCCCACCCACGGCCCCCAGCCUUUUCCUGUUCAGUGAGACCACUGCAAUGAAGUGCAGGAGCCCAGGGUGCCCUUUCACGCUGAACGUGCAACACAACGGAUUCUGUGAGCGUUGUCACAACGCGCGGCAGAUGAGCGCCAGCCACACCGCGGACCCCGGUAAGUGCCAAGCCUGCCUUCAGGAUGUCACUCGGACGUUUAACGGCAUCUGUAGUACCUGUUUCAAAAGGACUACGGCAGAGCCCACCUCCAGCCUCACUUCCAGUGUCCCUCCCUCCUGUCACCAGCGCUCCAAGUCUGACCCCUCACAACUCAUCCAAAGUCUCACCCCACACUCUUGCCACCGAACUGGAAAUGCCGUCCCCUCUGGCUACCUUUCCCAGACAUCACGGACUCCAGCAGACAGAACUGGGACAAGCAAGUGCAGAAAAGCUGGCUGCAUGUAUUUUGGGACUCCGGAAAACAAGGGCUUUUGCACGCUAUGUUUCAUCGAAUACAGAGAAAAUAAACAGUCUGUCACCGCCUCCGGGAAAGCAGCUUCCUCAAGCCCCAGAUUCCAGAACAACAUCCCGUGCCUGGGCAGGGAGUGUGGCACCCUGGGAAGCACCAUGUUUGAAGGGUACUGUCAGAAGUGUUUCAUUGAAGCUCAGAACCAGAGAUUUCAUGAAGCCAAAAGGCCUGAAGAACAACUGAGAUCAAGCCAGCGUAGAGAAAUGCCUCGAACCACACAGGGAGCCUCCAGGCCGAAGUGUGCCCGGGCCUCUUGCAAGAACAUCCUGGCUUGUCGCAGUGAGGAACUCUGUAUGGAGUGCCAGCACCUAAGCCAGCGAAUAGCUUCUUUUGCCCACCGGGGUGAGCCCACUCCUGAAGAGCCCCCUAAACAGCGCUGCCGGGCCCCUGCUUGCGAUCACUUUGGCAAUGCCAAGUGUAAUGGUUACUGCAAUGAGUGCUACCAGUUCAAGCAGAUGUACGGCUAAGUGCGAACACAUUGACUGGUCCCGGAAGAAGGGGGCCUCAAACUGCCAGCCAGAGUGGUGCUGUGGUCCAGACCCCUGAGUGCCACGGGAAGGGUGGGCCCUGGGACAGUGGCUUCAAGUGUCUUUGAGCAAAGUAGACCAGAUAAGCUCUUCCCUCAUCAUGGCCACGGCCGUCCGGUUGGUAACCAAGACUGCGUCCUGGUGGGCUGAGAGUAGACCUGGUUACCGGCAGUGCAUGAGGUCGGGUUCAGUCUGAAGCUGUCGCGGCUCCAUCUACCAGGAGGCUGGGGAGA